GAGUACUGUGAUGGUUUUGGUCACCUUACCAUGUCGACAUCUGUUUCUCUCCCGUCGGCCCCGAGUCGUGAAGUUCUUGAAGAGAAAGUCAAGGCAGCAUGGACUGCGUUCCGGCACUUCACGCCAAACAUCGCGUGCAAGGUUUUUAGGCGUUCUGAAGGGGACAAACGCUUUGCGUUUCGCUACAUUGUACCACAGACAAAGGAAGAUGUAGCGGCAUGG